CUUUGGGUAGCUCCCCUCGUGAUCCUUCAGUCACGUUUCUGACUCUGAUCCCUUGCGCAUUAUAUCCAUUCAACUUUUCUUCCUCCUCCUCACCUCGCCUUUCGUCUGUCAUCGGCAUGACGCCCCAUCCUCUCAGCUCUCCUCCCUGAAUUGUGACCUUAACCUUGUUCCGAAUCCAACAACAUGGCUCCCGACCCCGAGCAACCCUCCGUCGCAGCCAACGCCGACGAGGCGUUGGCCCGCAUGGGCUACCAGAGUGAAUUGCCGCGCAAUUUGAGCAUGUUGAGUAUUCUGGGUCUCUCCUUCGCCAUCAUCGCCGCCCCCUUCGGCCUCAGCACCACCCUCUACAUCACCCUCAUCGACGGCCAAUCCGUGACCAUCCUCUGGGGCUGGGUCUUCGUCACCCUCAUCUCCAUCGCCAUCGCCGCCUCGCUGGCCGAGAUCUGCGCCGUCUACCCCACGGCCGGCGGCGUCUACUACUGGAGCGCCAUGCUGUCGACGAAAAAAUGGGCCCCCAUGAUGUCCUUCAUCGACGGCUGGGUCACCCUCGUCGGGAACUGGACCGUCACGCUUAGCAUCACGUUCGCCGGCGGCCAGCUUAUCCUCAGCGCUAUCUCGCUGUGGAAUGAGGAUUUCGUCCCCAAUGCCUGGCAGACUAUUCUGACCUUCUGGGCUGUCAUCCUCUGCUGUGCGGCUGUUAAUAUCUUCUUGUCGAAGUGGCUGGACCUUAUUAACAAAGUUUGUAUCUUUUGGACCGGGGCCAGUGUUAUCAUUAUUUUGGUUACGCUGUUGACGAUGGCGGAAGAUCGGAGGGAUGCUGAGUUCGUUUUUGGUCAUUAUGAUGCGUCGGAGAGUGGAUGGCCGGAUGGCUGGGCUUUCUUCGUCGGCCUCCUACAGGCCUCGUAUACCCUGACCGGGUAUGGCAUGGUGGCUGCCAUGUGUGAAGAGGUGCAAAACCCCGAAAAAGAGGUCCCGAAAGCGAUUGUGCUGUCUGUCGUCGCCGCUGGCGUUACCGGCGUGGUAUACCUCAUUCCCGUGCUAUUCGUGUUGCCCUCGGUCAAGGCGCUCAACAAUGUGGCCAGCGGACAACCCAUUGGCCUCGUGUUUAAGACGGUCACCGGCUCGGCCGGCGGCGGCUUUGGCCUACUAUUCCUGAUUCUGGGGAUCUUGGUGUUUGCGGGUAUUGGCGCCCUGACGGCGGCCAGUCGAUGCACCUACGCGUUUGCCCGGGAUGGCGCCAUCCCCGGAUUCCGGCUCUGGCGCAAGGUGGACAAGCGCCUGGACGUGCCGCUGUGGUCCAUCAUCCUGUCGACCCUGGUGAUUUGCCUGCUGGGACUGAUCUACUUCGGAUCGGAGGCCGCCUUCAACUCUUUUACCGGCGUCGCCACCCUGUGCCUGCUGAUGUCGUAUGGUCUCCCCAUUUUGAUCAGUGUCAUCCGCGGACGCGAGGCUGUGAAGGAGUCGAGCUACUCCCUCGGGCGGUUUGGUUACGCCAUCAACAUUGCCAGUCUCUGCUGGAUUGUGCUAGCCGUGGUCCUAUUCUGCAUGCCCGUGUCGUUGCCGGUGUCGCCCUCGUCCAUGAACUACGCGAGUGUGGUGUUUGCUGGGUUUGCCUUGAUCAGCAUUACUUGGUAUUUCGUCUACGCGCGCAAGCAUUUCACCGGGCCUCCUGUCUCCGGCGACGACACAAAUCGGGUCUUCGUCCACGCUUUGAAUACCGUCAAACGCAUCCCCCGAACCGGUACCGCACGACCCCCUGCGUCCGAACGACUGAAGCUCUAUGGCUUGUACAAACAGAGCAUGGAGGGCGAUGUGGAGGGAGUGAUGGAUCGGCCGAUUGGGAACACCGCGGACGUCUACGCCGAAUGUGAGAAAUGGGACGCAUGGUUUGCCCAGAGCGGGCUAUCUCGCACCGAAGCCAAACGACGAUACAUCUCAACCUUGAUCGAGACGAUGCACCAAUACGCGUCGCAAACCCCCGAAGCAUGCGAACUAGUCUCCGAACUCGAAUUCGUCUGGGACCAGAUCAAGUCCAACACGCCCCCGUCCACCGCGUCCAGUCCGCGACAGACCGUCGGGGUUCCGCCCCUGCCGCCCGCCAGCUACCCCAGCAUCAACGAUCGCCUGGCCCGAUCCGACUACGAACAUAUGGUGACCGCCACCGCCCGCGGGGACUCGCGACUGCGCGUCCUCAGCCCCGUCAGCCAGCCCGAAGACAUGUACCGACGCCGCGGGGGCGCUUCGCCCAUGCGCGAGGACGAAAUCGACGAGCAGGAGCGCGCGCUCGACGAAGAGGAGGAAGAGGAGUACGCCGAAGCACAAGAUACCCUAUACGACGAUGACGACAUCAUCGACGACAUCGUGCAAGUCCCCGACAACUACGACAGCGGGUCCACGAACCCAGAAGCCGACGAGGAAGAGUUCGAGCAGGAGCGUCCACCAGACGAAGAGUACGACGACGACGUCAGCAGCGCCCUACAGCGGCGGCGGUUGAAUCACCACCCCCAGCACCCGCACCAGCAAAUCCCGGAUGUCGGCCACCCACGAUGGCGUCGACGGGUCGAGCAGGCCUUGACUAGCAUGACGGCUGAGAUCGCCGCCGUCCGGGAACAGAUGGAGUCGCGCGCGCUGGCCCAGCGCCGUCGCAAUGCCCUCUGGACCUGGAUCAAGUGGCUGGUGUGGGUGACGUUCCGACAGAUCAUCUGGGACCUGGCUGUGUUGGGGGCGAUGCUGAUCUGGAUGAGGAUGCGCGGUGACCGUCGACUCGAGCAGAAGCUCCGGGUGGGGUGGACCGAGGUGAAGACUCGAUUGAUGAGGUUGAAGUCGCUACGACAGGUGCCGAAAUUAUACACUUUUCCUUGAUUUUUCUUUCCUCCCCUUCUCCUCCCUUCCCCACCCCCCUUAAAUAUCGAUGUUCUUCGGUGUUCCGCUUUCGCUUCAGGUACAUAUUUGAUUCAUAGAAGAGGGGCACGACCCUGUUUGAUCUGCCUCUCUCACUUUUUGCUGUUCGUCUUUUUGGUUUGGUAUGGUCUUCCUCUUCCACUUUCAUCCUUUUCUUUUCUACCCCCUUUUUCCUUUAUCUUUUCUUUCUGUUUUCACAAUUCAUGAUAUCCUGCAUGGAAGACAAGAAGAAGGCCCCCAGCCGGCCCGUUUCCUUUGUGAUCUUGAUCUUGAUCUUGGUGUUUUUGUUUUAUUCAAGUGGGUGUUCUUCGUGUUUGUUUUAUUUGGUAGAGGCGAGCAUGUGCAUGCACUUUUGACUUUUCAUUUUUUCAUUUUUGUUUUGUUACUUCCUGUAUUCUAUGCAUACAUAGGUUGGUUCAUAUAUAGAUGGACGGAGAAAUAUCC